AUGGCCAACUCCACCCUGGUGACUGAGUUCCUGCUGGAGAAUUUUGCUAAGUCUUGGGAGCUCAGGAUCCUACUCAGUGUACUGUUCCUGCUGGUGUACCUGGGCAGCCUGUUAGGGAACCUUACCAUCAUCAUUGCUACCACAGUUGACCAGACCCUGAACACACCCAUGUACUUCUUCCUCAGGAAUCUGUCCAUUUUAGACAUGUGCUACGUUUCUGUCACUGUGCCCAAUGCCUGUAUCAACUCUCUCACUGACCACAGGAAUAUUUCUGUAGGUGGGUGUGCAGCACAGAUAUUUUUUGUCUAUUUUUGUGCAUGUGUAGAAAUCCUAUUUCUUACCAUCAUGGCUCAGGACCGCUAUGUGGCCAUCUGCAAGCCUCUCUUCUAUCCUGUGAUUAUGAAUCACCUGUACUGUGUUCAGAUGACACUGGUUUCCCUACUCAGCUCUCUUGUCCUUGCAAGUGUGCAUACUUUCAAAACAUUUCAGCUGUCCUUCUGUCACUCUAAUGUGGUCCCUCAGUUUUUCUGUGAUAUCCCCUCACUGUUGAGGCUUUCUUGCUCUGACACCUUUAACAACAAACUCCUAAUUCUUCUGUCUGCCAUUGUGGUCAGUGGUAGCUGCUUUGUCUUUAUCGUCAUAUCAUAUGUUCAUAUAUUCUCAACUGUGUUGAAGGUUCCUGUCAAAGGAGAGAGAGGGAAAGCCUUUUCCACCUGUGUCCCUCACAUUGUUGUGGUGUCUGUCUUUCUUAGUUCUGCUGCCUAUGUGUAUCUAAGACCUCCAGUAGUAACAUUAGAAGUAGUUAAGGAGAUGACGCUUUCUGUAUUUUAUACCAUUGUUCCACCAUUCUUAAAUCCUAUCAUCUAUAGUCUUAGAAACAGACAGAUAAAGGAGGCUGUGAGGAAACUUACAUCAAGAAUUUUUUUCCCAUAUUUGUAUGUAAAGGAACAUGUAUUUUUCAGGGUUUUGUAG